AUGAGUGAAAAAUGGGGUGAAGAGCGUGGAGCACAAAUCUUGUUAAAUAGCUAUAUUUAUGAUUAUAUGUUAAAAAAUGCAUGGAGUACAGCUGCACGAGCUUUUAUGGAAGUUGCAGAAGUACCUUUAUCGAGUGAAAAUCGUUCAGGAAAUAAAGAAGAACGUAUUCAAUUGGAUAUGAUGGAUGGACUUAGAGGAAAUGAUAAAGAAGGGUGUUUAGGAGGAGGAGAUUCAAAGGGAGACAAUUUUGCGCUUUCCUCGGUAAAACAAGAGCCGGCACAUUCAGGGGAAUCGGAAACAGGAGGAGCAUAUUCUGGAUUACUUCAGCCGGCAGUAAUUCCAGUAGAUACUCCAGGAGGAUUUUUGUUAGAAUGGUGGACAGUUUUUUGGGAUAUCUUUAAUGCGAAGUCCGGAAAAGGAGGUUCUGAUGCAGCGACGGCUUAUUUUGCACAUGCACAGAAAAUGAAGCAUGAACAGCAGCGAGCUAUUGCAUCUAUGGGACAGCCACAUAUUGUUAUGAUUAAUCCUCAGUCAAAUUCUACAACUUUUAAUCCAGCUUUUAUGCGUACAUUUGAUAUACCAAACGGAAUGGUAAAUAUAUCAGGCCAAUCUGAUACAGCAACUCAGGCUGUGGAUACCCAAAUAAUAGGAACAAUUCCAUUAAAUGAGAAAACACGACAAAUAUUGAUGCGGCAAGCAAUGAAUAAUAAUAUUAGACGGUUUUCGCCAAGUGCAGCGCAAAUUCAACAAUUAAAAAAUCAGCAAUUUUUACAAAAUCAGCAACAAUCAUCUACAUCACAAGCACAAAGAAACCAGCGUGAUCUUGAAACAGACGUAAAUGGACAAACCCAGUCUUCCCGAUCACCCGCUCUUUCAAAUCAAGUUCUUUCUCCCUCAAAGAGGCAAAAAUUGUCUCCGGAUGGAUCAUAUACUUCUGUUCAGGGAACGAUACAAGCACGUCCACAAAUGAUACAAAAUAAUCUUGUAGCAGCAUCAACAACUCUUCAGACUCAACAAGCAAAACAAAUGUUAUUGAAUUCUGGAAUUAAUCCGGUCGGUCUUACACAACAGCAAUUUACUGCAUUUCAAUCUCAAACGCCCUCUAUACAACAGAGACAAUUACAAGAAUAUACACAGGGCUUUGCAAAUCAACAACAAAGAGUUAUAAAUAUUGCUAAAGGGCAAGUUUCAAAUCAAUGUGUUCCUUCAUCAAUAAUAACGGGUGAUGGAAAUGAAAUCGGGCCUAAUGAUUUUUACGGAAAUAUAUUAUCAUCUCAGCAGAACUGUCCGACAAAUCCUAAUAAUCACGUCCUUGAGGAUUAUCAAAUGCAGCUUAUGUUUCUUGAGCAGCAAAAUAAAAAACGCCUUAUGAUGACUCAUCAAGAUCAAGAACGACUCCAGUCACAAGAUUCAUCCGCUUUUCAGAUUUUAUCUCCACAAGGAGUUAGAAAUGCUCUUUCUCCAAAAAAUAAUCAUAACGAUGCUAAACGUGGCAUUUCAAAAGUGGCACAUCAAAAUUCCCCUAAUUCACCUACCGAUGUUUCACUUUCUCAACAAAAUAAUACUUCUAGAAAUACUUCGCCUAGUGUUGCAGGAUAUAAUGGCCAAAUUCAGUCUGAUACUCAUUCGCAAAUUAUGUUUUUCAAUCAAGCAAAAACUAUGGGAGAUAUGCAAAGCGAUGGAAUGAUGAUUAGUCAUAAUGGACAUAUUAUUAGAUCUCAAAUGACUGAUCAGCCCAUUUAUACGAAUAAUCCACAAAUGCAGAUAGCUAUGAUAAAUGGUAGACCAGAACAUUUAAUAAAUUCAAGAGUAGUACGAACAAAUCAACCCAGUGCAAUAUGGCAGCAACAGCAAAUAAUGCAGCAUUUAGUUAAUCAAAAUCAAAAUCGUAAUAUUCAAAUGCAAAAUAUAAAUCAUACACAAGGGCAUUUAAACCAACAUUCACCGCAAAAUCAAAUAUCGCAACAAUCUCAGCAGCAAUCUCAGCAAUCAUCACAAUCACACCAGCAACAAUCACAACAGCAGCCGCAGCAUCCGCAGCAACAACAAAUACAAACAUCACAAAAUAUACUGCAAUCUACAUCUGCUAACCAAACAUCACAAGGACAUAUUCAAUCAUCUCCCAUUGUACAGAAUAGUGUAUCACCAACCCCACAAAUAAAUAAAUUAAAUUUGAUAAGAGAAAAAAAGGGAAAAGAUGCUAGAAAAUCUAAGAAAACGCUUUCAGGUGCACCUGUUACACCAAUAUCCGAAUCUUCUUCUAGUACACCAAUUACUUCACAUAAUGGAGGGAACUUUCUUCAGACAAACUCUUCUGCUUCUCAGGAAAAUUCAUUAUUACAAACUCCUGGUUCUAUUGUGCCUUCUUCGGAUCAAGCACAGGCACAAGCUGAUCCUCCAUCCUCAUCUUCAUUUGCAAAUAUUGAUAAUGGAGAUCCUAGUUCAUUCUUGAACGAUUUCAAUGCUGGAAAUGAUUUAGAUCUAGGGAUAAUGAAUGACUUUGAUUUCGAUAGUUUUCUAGAAGAUAUUAGAAGAUAUUAA